CAGUUUAUUAACGUUAAGACCACUGCGCAUCUCAGUCCUCAGACACAAUACUUGUAAACAAAGUUAACAGGCAGAGCUCAUCUUGGUUAUGGACGAUUAUCACGUUUGUUUGUGACUGGAAAAUAGCUGAUGCAGGUAACUCAAAUAUGAUAGCAGUUCUAGGAGGAGGUGUCAGUGGCCUUGCUGCUGCCCACUACCUGAAUUGUCUUGGCUUAUCAACCAAGAUACUUGUGAUUGAGGCUUCAAACAGAUUAGGUGGAUGGAUCAACUCGCUGAAGCAUGAAGAUGGUACCAUAUAUGAACUCGGGCCUCGGACUCUCAGAGUUGCAGGAAAUGCUGGAGCAAACACACUUGCUCUGGCAGAAAGUUUGGGGUUAACAGAGAGAAUUUCAAGCAUCAACUAUAGCCACGUGUCCACAAAGAACAGGAUGAUUCUGGUUGAUGGGAAACUGCACAUGCUUCCAAAUAACCUAAAGACAGUUUUUACAAAGAACCCACCAUUUUCAAAGCCUUUGGCCAUAAGUGCACUGAGUGACUUCUCUGCCAAGAAAGUGAUUAACACUGAUGAAAGCCUCUUUAGCUUUGUAAAUCGAAGAUUUGGUUUAGAAGUUGCAAAAUAUGCCAUUGAUCCUUUGACAAGAGGAGUUUUUGCUGGCAAUGCUCGUGACCUAAGUGUUACCUCAUUAGCCAGAAGAAUGCAUGAUGUAGAGCAACAAUAUGGGUCCAUUCUAAUUGGUUUACUUAAAGAUAGAAAAAAUGCUGAAAAGGCUGACCCAGUUCUGUCUAAAUCUAAAUUAGUUAAACAAGCAAAGAAGGAAAAAUGGGCUGUCUGGUCUUUAAAAGGUGGACUUGAGAGUUUUGUUGAAGUUUUAGAAGAAAAACUUAUGCAGGAAGGUGUCGAGUUCAGGAGAAACACACCAGUGCUUGGGAUCAAGAGAAGUGGCAGCAACCUGGUUAUCCAGACUGACAAAGAGGAAUUAGAAGUUGAAAAAGCUAUCUCUUGUCUUCCAUCUAAUACUUUAAGUCCUGUAAUACGUUCUAUCAGCCCAGAAUUAAGCAGGCUCCUGGGUUCCAUUCCUUAUGUAACUGUCUGUGUUGUAAAUCUUGAAUAUCCUGGUCACUUACUUAAUGAGCCUGCCUUUGGUUACCUUGUGCCAUCAUCACAACCCAACAAAGUUCUUGGUGUAAUAUUUGAUACAUGUACUUUUCCACAGGGUGACAAAACUAUACUUACAGUGAUGAUGGGAGGAUAUUGGUUCAAGACACUUUUUGGAGAUAAUCCUUCUGAUGAGAGCCUUCUUGAUGUUGCUAUUAAUGAAGUUAAAGAAACAUUGAAAAUUAGUAUAAAACCAGUGCGUCAUAAGAUUAGCAUCUUGACAGACUGCAUCCCACAGUAUGUUGUUGGGCAUUCAGAAAUAGUUUUUAAUUCCCGGAAGCUUGUAAAAGACCUGAAGCUUCCUUUAACUCUCGCAGGAAAUUCUUAUGAUGGUGUCGGAGUGAAUGAUGCAAUUAUGAGUGCCAAGAGAGCAGUUUUAAGUUUGUGAAUGAUAAUUUUUAUGUAAUACUGUACAGUGCUGUGAUAGGAAAGGGAUUACAGCCAAUUGGACAUCAGUAUACAUUACUGUAUGUGGCCUAAUAUUUCAAUGUUAUAAUUGUGACUUGUGGGAGCAGUACAUUCAGAACUAUCCCGAAGGAGGGGGGGGGCACCUCAGCUGUCUCAAUGGAGGUUGAUGGACUGGCUAUGCUCUUCAUCGAAAAGGAACUGGCAGCAAGUUUGUGCUUUCAUGAACCGACAGAAGAGUUGCUGGAAAGAAAGGAAGUUUAAUUUUCAUUACAUCUAGACUGUCUAUUGGCAUUUGUCUUGUUUGUUACAAAAAAUAUAAACUAAUGUUUUAUUUCCCUGUACAGUAUGUCUAAUUUUAAGUAUUUUCAUAACUUUUAGGGGUUGCAGGUCUUUCAUUUGUUAAAUUUAUUCAAUUGCAAAACUGUAAAAUUACAACCUGUAUCUAUUACUUUAUUUUGUAAUUGUUAAAAUGAACCAGGAUAUUUAUUUUAAAUUUCAUGACUGUAUGCUAUUAUUUUUGUUAAAAUAUUUUGAAAAUUUUUGGAAAUAUUUUUAAAUUUUUUGUAAAUGUUUUGGAUAUUUUUAAUUUUAGGGGGAAAUUGUUAGAUAUUUGGGGGAAAAUUAU